CUCUAUUAUUACGGUCAUGUCCGAUCGGACAGCUGGCUACCCCGACCAAGGUAGAUACAGUGGAUCAAUCUACUGGACUAACCGCAGAUUGACUCGCGGUCUGGCUACGUAUAUAGUCUGCCUUUUAACCAGGCAGCCUAUCAUGGCUUCUCUUAAGUCUUCUUCGAUACACACAAUUAGGACUACUUUGAUACCCCGUCAUUCUUCAACUUACCUACUUACACAUACAGUUAUCUGUGUUACAAGACCUGCGACUCUAAUACUCUGACGGAAAAGUACGAUAAGCCCAUACAACCAUAAUGCGCAUUACAUUCAUUACUGUUGUUGCCCUUUUGACCGGCGCUGUUACUGCCGCCGGCACGAAGCCCGGCACGCAGGCAAAUAGUUGUGCCGCUGUUACUCCCAGCACACCGCUACAGAAUGGCCAAUGCCACGGGCACACUUUGCGCCAAAUGUCAAGACAGGAUAUCAAUGAUUGCGCUGCACAUUACGACCCAACCGUAAAGUAUCCUGUCUGGGAUGAAUCGGAAGAUUUUAGCUGCAGCAUGUGCCCACCAAAGAAGACUUUGUUAAAAUUAAAGAAAAAGCAGAUGAUGAGUAAAAACCGCCAGAAGUCACUGCAGAGAAACGGUCCUAUUCAAGAACGAGGCAUAAUUAGCUGUAUAGAUUGUUUAGUUAGCUCUGCAAUCGCUUGCACAUGUGGUGGGAUUGCUGCUGUGGUUUGCUGCCCAUGCCUUACUUACGGUCUUAUUGAAAUGUGUAUUCGGGACUGCACUUAGCAUCAAUCAUGGUAAUUACAUUUGUGUUAGUAUUCUCAGCAACAUAUAGCACGUGCAAUCCGGGUGUUUUAUAAAGCCUGAUUAAUAGCAAGACU